AUGGUCAGAAGCAUAUUCAGGCAAUGCCAGCAUACUGAAGAAGAUAAUGCACUUAAACCACCACAGAAUAAAAUUAAUCUUUCUCAAAUAAAUGCACAGAUUCCAAUUACAGCAGAUAAUCCAGAAGCAGCAGAUGAAAUAAGGAUUUUAAAUACAGGGAACAGCAAUAAUUCACAAAAAGAAUUUAAAGACCUCGGUACUUUAAGAAUACAAGCACAGAAAAAUAUAACAGAAGUAAAAGAAAAGGAUUUAUUAAAUGUAGAACAGAUUUCAAUCUUAGUGAAUAAUGCAGAGAAAGAACUCCAGAAAAUAAGAAAUGCAGCCAGAACUAUUCAAAGCAUUUUUAGUACACUAUCACACUGGGGCAAGGAUCAAAGCAUACCUAUUUGCAUGUGCCUCCCAUCAAAAAUUCACACACAAACAAAAAAUCUAGAACUGACCAGGAAAUUAGAAGAAGUUUCCGUUAUGCUUGACAUACAAACUGUUCAGAUGUCCGUAAAAGAAAAAAAGAUUCAGACCCAGGAAAAUACGAUAGAAAGUCUUAAAGAGGAAAUAGAAAGAUUAAAAAUAGUAAAAAAUGAAAUAUAAUGUAAAGUAUAAAUUAGUCAUAAAGCAAUAAUUCCGAAAAUCAAACAUAUACAUACUAAAAUAACCCGAAUACUCCCAAAUAUGCCACUCUAGCCAAUA